UCCCGAACGAGCUCUCCUUGCAGCGUCAUUGUUGCGCCGGUUCCUGUUACACGUCCGACCCGUCGCCAAUGCAAAGCUUGCGCCGCCUAUAGCUGGUAACGGGCAACAUCAACAAGGUGCAUGCGCAACCUCUCUUCCCACCAGCGUCCGCCCAUCUCCAACAGUACCUGGCGUCGUUGUUGGGUAUAUCCGUUAUCUCACCCAGAGCUUCGCUGAGGUUUCUCGUGGCGCAUCCCUUGGCCCAACAUGGAUCAGGCAAAGAGGCCACGGGAGCGAAAAGACAUGGGCUCACCAGAGAUGACGGCCGCAACACCUGUCCAGCGAGACGCCCGCCGCGAGCUCUCCUCGUCAACGAUACGCGCCGUCACUCCAGAGUCAAUCCCCGAGAAUGGUGUCGCUAUGCAGCAGUUUGCCGGUUCCCCGCCCAUAUCUCCCCGUUCAGGCGGCGGUCAGGCUUCAAGGGGGACGAAUCCGCGCAGCUUCGUGGCAAGAACAAACGAGAACGAAUACUGGAGAAAUGCAAGAGAAUCGGGUACACGACCGCGCACGAGGACAAUGGAGGAACGGUCAACGCGGGACAGGUCACCACCCAAUCUGUUCGUGACUAGCCGUCAUCGCAUAGGCUCAGUUCACUCGACAGCACCUGCGACAUUUCAGGGCCUUGAAGAGGCGGUAGUCACUUCCAUUGGUCAUCCCUCGAUCGCAUCACCGCUCUCUCAACCCCCACCACGUACAUCUAGCACAAGCAGUAGACGCAUCAUGAAGCAAUCGCGGGAUACCAGUUCUCCAACACCACACAUGUCGGCGCCUUCGGAUCACCAACCCGACUCAUGGAUCAGCCCUACCCUCGCCUCCGAUGCCAGGAAAAUCUUGAAGUUGAUGAGGUCUACUUGUGGCAGAAUGCAGGGCAUGCUUGCCUUCAGGAGAGGGGAGACAAGCCCGUGGUCUCUUUCGUAUUGCUACAUAAACGAGGAUUCCGGUAGUCUGGUGUAUGAAUCUAAGAAUGAUGCCACUUAUCACAGAACCCUGAUUCCCGACCUAAGGGGCUGCAAGGUACAGACCGCUUACGAUGCGGAUGCCUACACCGCAUAUAUCCAUGUCCGGCCGCACAACUCCAAACUCGAUGUCUUUCUUCGGCCACCCACGCAGGAUGAGUUUGAGUCCUGGUUUGCUGCUCUGCUCUGUUGGCAGCCCAUGCGCCCUAAAGGAAUACACAAUAAGAUGGCCAAACCGCAAGCGCCCCUGGUACCAGAGCGACGGCUAGCGGACAGUAGGAGAAUGUCAGAGGUGUCCUUGUUUGGUAAGGAGGCUCCCAUCAUCAAAGUUGGGAAAAUGAUAUACUGGGAUACGAGUGUCACCUACAGCAACACAGGUACCCCAAAGUCGGCAGCUGGUUCGCGGCCACAGGCUUAUCGAAUCCAGAGCCAUGGCUCGCGACGGUGGAGGCGGGUGUCGUGCACCCUCCGUGAGAAUGGCGAACUGAAGCUGUACUCGGACACAGACGUGACAUUGGUCACUGUUGUGCAGCUCAGGGAACUCUCACGUUGUGCCGUUCAACGUUUGGAUCCUUCCGUCCUCGACAAUGAGUUUUGCAUUGCCAUAUACCCCCAGUAUACGUCCAGUUCUACUUCUCUGUCGUUGUUGCGGCCAAUCUUCCUGAGUUUGGAGUCACGAGUCCUAUACGAGGUCUGGAUUGUCCUCUUGCGCGCCUUUACAAUACCCCAGUUGUAUGGACCGAAACCUUCUGUGGAUGAUGAUGGCUCUCCCACUUUGGAUCUGUUCCGCAUGGAACGCUCGCUCUUUGUGAGAGUCAUCGAAGCCAGAUUACUUCCGCCUAUUUCACCAAAGAUGGAGAACACGCCGACACGACCGACUUCGGCUGCCGCAAAUUCAGGAGGAUACUACGUUGAAAUCCUACUGGACGGCGAGACCAGAGCGCGCACCAUGGCCAAGUCAGAAGGCCAAUCACCAUUUUGGAGAGAGGAGUUUGAGUUCACUGAUAUGCCGGCAGUGCUCGCCACCGCGUCUCUAUUACUCAAGAAGCGGAUGCCCAACCCUAGACACGGCAAAGACGUGUACGAGAUUCCAGACUUCUCAACGUCCGAUGCCUCAGGUGGAUAUGCGGGUAUCUCGUUUGACCAAACAUACGGGAAAGCGGAUAUCUACCUUGACGACCUAGGCCCCUCGCAAGAAGUUGAGAAGUGGUGGCCUCUUGUCAACAUGUAUGGGAACUCGGUCGGGGAAGUUCUUGUCAAAGUCUCUUUUGAGGAGAGCGUUAUCCUAAUGGCAAGAGACUACCAGCCGAUGUCCGAGUUACUACACCGAUUCGACAACGGCUUAACAUUACAGAUUGCGCAGAUGAUCCCCAACGAGCUGAAAAAGCUGAGCGAGUACCUGUUGAACAUCUUUCAAGUCUCCGGGCAAGCGAUCAAGUGGAUUCGUAGCCUAGUUGAGGAGGAGAUCGACGGGACGUUGAAGGAAACCCCAGCCAGUCGGCUGAGAUUUAGCAAGAGGUUAGGCAGCACAGACUCUGGUGAUAGCUCUAACAGCUUUCCCAGCACUUCCGACAGAGAGCUUUUCCUCCGGGAUAUGCAUAACAAUGCUAAGCUGGAAGCCAACCUGCUCUUCCGCGGCAAUACGUUGCUGACGAAAGCCCUUGACUUCCAUAUGAAGAGGCUCGGAAAGGAAUACCUCGAAGAGACGCUAUCGGAGAAGCUACGAGAGAUUGACGAGCGCGACUACGACUGUGAGGUUGACCCAAACCGCAUCGAAGGCAAGCACGAGCUCGAGAGGAAUUGGAGACGCCUGAUCAACCUGACGGAAGAGAUCUGGCGGGCAAUCUAUAACUCUGUGCCACGAUGUCCGCAAGAACUGAGGCUCAUCUUCCGGCAUAUCGCAGCUUGUGCCGAAGAUCGAUAUGGCGGCUUCCUGCGGACUGUCAAGUACAGCAGCGUGUCUGGAUUUCUCUUCCUGCGAUUCUUCGUUCCGGCCGUGCUGAAUCCCAAACUCUUUGGCCUUCUGAAAAACCAUCCCAAGCCGCGUACCCGUCGUACCUUGACGCUUAUCGCAAAGUCCCUGCAAGGUCUUGCAAACAUGUCGUCAUUCGGUACCAAGGAGUCAUGGAUGGAACCCAUGAAUGCCUUCCUCACCUCACAUCGCCAAGAGUUCAAGACAUAUCUCGACAACAUCUGUUCCAUAUCGUCGUCUACGUCGCCCUCGCCUCCUAUCCCUCCGUCCUACUCAACCCCGCUCGCGAUUUUACAGAGACUGCCCCCAACAUCACGUGAAGGCUUCCCCUCUUUGCCCUACCUUGUUGACCAUGCGAGGAAUUUCGCAGCGCUUGUUGACCUGUGGUUAGAGAACACUCAGAAGAGCGCACCCAACAUCCAAAGCACCGAUGGUGAUCUGCUCAAGUUCCAUAAUCUAUGCGUCAGCUUGCAUGAGCGGACCCAGGAAUGUCUCCAGCGUGCGGAGGCUGCAGAACGGCCAUCGUCGAGCCUCUCUGUAAAAUGGGAAGAACUGGUUGAGCAAUUGCAAGGAUCUGCCUCGUUCGAACCGUCCAGGGGCGCCGCAACACGCAACAAGGCACACCAUGCGUCUAGCCUUUCAGACGUCACCGCGUCUGCCCCUACCAGCCCUGAAAACUCCAAUGGUGCAAACAUGGUUGACGAUGCCGAGAGCUCAGAGGAGACCAGCACCCCCAUCACUAUAAAGACAGCUCGGUCUAACAAGUCACGUCACGGGCAGACACCAUCGAUCUCCGCUUCACAGAGUUCCUUGAAUUCGUCGUUCGCGCCCUUCCUCUCGAACCCUUUCUCUCGAAAAGAAGGUAAAUCCGCAAAACCCCACGGCCACAUGGCAAAUGAUUCCGCGUCCGCAGCCGAGGAGGAUGAAGCAGACGAAGCAGACACUCGACCCGGCAGCUCCGACGGCGUGCACAACUUCCCCACCCAUCCCCCCUUCGUUUAUCCACACCGUACAACCUCGCCGAUCACACACCCGUCCAACUCCUCAACCUCGUUCUCUGCACGCCACAACCCUGACGCAAAUGUCCCUGUCAGCUUGAGCCAUAUCGCUACACAAACUGGCAGGGCGAUAGGACACCCUCCCGGCUCAGCUGGCGGCGACUCACUCGAUGAGUCCGACGCAGGGAGCUUUGAUGAGCAUGCUACGGCCCUACCGGUGUUUGAUAAGGAGCGGGAGAAGGAAAGGAGAGGGGGUUUGCAGAAGAUCCUGCCUUUUAAGAGGAGGGGAAAGAAAGAGGAGAAGGAAAGGGAGAAAGAGAUUAAAGAGAGGGAGAGAGGUAAAGAGAGGGAGAGAGACAGAGAAAGAGACAGGGAUUACCGUGACCGUAGCGUUGAUAGGGAACGGGGGAGUAGCGCACUCGGGGACUAUAGCAUGGGAAGGCGAGGGGCAGUUAAUGAAGGUGGUGAAGAGCGAGAGAGAGACUUCUGACUAGAUGGCUGGUUGACCGGAACGUAUCACAGGUCGUCUGCGGCGGCAGGGGCGCAAGAGAUACGGAGGAGGAAGAGCGCUUCAGAGUUGUGAGGGAUGAGGUUGAGCGGAUGUGCGAGGACCCACCUAGCUUAUAGGGAAGGGGUGUGUCGAAGAAAAUGUCUGGAGGCAGCAGUCGAUUUUCAGUCCUGCGUUCAAGCGAGCACGCUUUUGCAGAGAACGGCGCCACAAGAUAGCAUGGUAUGGCCGGCGGCAUCGUUUUGAUUGCUAUAGACUGCCUACGAGGAAACCCCCGCCUGGAACGAUUGGCGUUUACGAUUCACGAAGUUGAU